GCUUGAAGCGGCUCAGGCUGGGGCCGCCUCCGAGUCGCGCGCGGGGCGUGGGGCGGUGUUGGGCAGGCGAGGCUGAGGCGAGCUCGACACCGGGACUGUCCAGGGAGGCGCAGCGCAGCGCGGCGGGAGCCCUCAACCCGAGCAGCCCCGGAGCAGGAGCAGCCACCGCCGCCGCCGUCCACGGAGCGCAGCCGAGCCGGCCAUGGCGUUGUCGAUGCCGCUGAACGGGCUGAAGGAGGAGGACAAAGAGCCCGUCAUCGAGCUCUUCGUCAAGGCUGGCAGUGAUGGUGAAAGCAUAGGAAACUGCCCCUUUUCCCAGAGGCUCUUCAUGAUCCUUUGGCUCAAGGGAGUUGUAUUUAGUGUCACAACCGUGGACCUGAAGAGGAAGCCUGCAGACCUGCAGAACUUGGCUCCUGGGACCCACCCACCGUUUAUAACUUUCAACAAUGAAGUCAAAACGGAUGUAAAUAAGAUUGAAGAAUUUCUUGAAGAAGUCUUAUGCCCUCCCAAGUACUUGAAGCUUUCACCAAAACACCCAGAAUCAAAUACUGCGGGAAUGGACAUCUUUGCCAAAUUCUCUGCAUAUAUCAAGAAUUCAAGGCCAGAGGCUAAUGAAGCGUUGGAGAGGGGUCUCUUGAAAACCCUGCAGAAACUGGAUGAAUAUCUGAAUUCUCCCCUCCCUGAUGAAAUUGAUGAGAACAGUAUGGAGGACAUUAAGUUUUCUACGCGUAAAUUUCUGGAUGGCAAUGAAAUGACAUUAGCUGAUUGCAACCUGCUUCCCAAACUGCAUAUUGUCAAGGUGGUGGCCAAAAAAUAUCGCAACUUCGAUAUUCCGAAAGGAAUGACUGGCAUCUGGAGAUACUUAACUAAUGCGUAUAGUAGGGAUGAGUUUACCAAUACCUGUCCCAGUGACAAGGAAGUUGAAAUCGCAUAUAGUGAUGUAGCCAAAAGACUUACCAAGUAAAAUAUCACUUACGAGAGAGAUGUCUUCGCAUCUUCCCCUAAGCAUCUGCUUUUCCUAACAGACUGCUCCUGUUCCUAUUACGUAGAAAUUGUAUUUUGCAUGAAUGUGCAGUUAUUCAAGAUUAGGAUAAAGGAUAGACAAGGUAUAGUAGCUAUCUUUAAAUAUGCACUCCUAAGCAGUAUUAUGUUCAAAUUCUUUAUCCUGUCUCCCUCCCCUGCCCCGUACCCUCCUCUCCUCUGAUUCGGAGACACUCCGCCACACUGUCCCCUUUAGAGGUAGCUCGCCAUCCCUCCGGAGCCCAGCACUGUCUGUUCACUGUGGACAGAGGGCAGAACUUUUGGGUGCAAUGUGUAACUGUUAAAGGAGCACCCCCGACCUCAUCAGUCAGCCCCAAACUGGUGCACAAUGCAUGGUACAAGGAAUAUUUAUGUAUUUGGGGGAUUAUAUAAUAUUUAGCAAGAGUAUAUUGAAAGGAUUGCUACUGUAUCAGAACUCUCUGCUUCAGUUCCGUCUGUCCGGGGUAUGGCACCGCCAGUGAAGAGAGCCUCAUGCAGAAAGUCACUACAGGUUUUGCUGUUUUACUUUGUACAUGGAUUUUUACUUUUGCCUAAAAGCAUUUACCCUUCUUAUCAGUUACAACAUCUGAUAUUAUGCAGAAGCUGAAAGUUUAGAGAGAGGGAUGGGAUAUUCUCAAGAUCUCCCUCAAGCAUUUUAUCUAUAUGAGCAGAACCAAUGGGCACCUGCUACUCUGUCCAAAUGUGUUGUUUUUUGUGUGUAUUUCGCCCAGUGCCGUUCGUUUGGAACUUUAUUGCUUUCCUCCUCUAUUUUACAAAGCUCCUUUUUAGGUCCACAUAGACCUUGCUCUCUGUAGAUCUUUGAGUAACACUACAUAAACUGAUAUUUAGUUGACUUAGCUGUAGCAGUACAACAACCUGUAAUGUCAAAAUUAACACAGAUAUUAACCUAAGGAAUGUAGGGUGGGUUUGUCAAAAUGUCAAGCAGAACUUUGUUUCUGAAGCAUAUUUAAUUAAUGUGGAUAAUCUAAAGGAAGCAUUAUCCAUCUUAAAUUAAAAACGAGGUAAAACACACAUUACCACCUUUUCCGUUCCACCCCCGUUGACUGUUAAACGUUGGGGUAGAGGGUGGUUCACUCCAUUGGGACUAAAUCGUAGUCGUUGUGGUGAGGACGUAUUUACUGCAGUUUUGCCUCAGCUCAAUCAUUGUACUUCUUUCAAUUAAAUUUUUCUAAAGCCACAUUGAGGAAUAGCACUCUGCAUGUUUGUUUUUUUAAAAAUCGAAGUCCUAAACCAGGAAUGAUUUGUGCUCUAACAAGGGAGGAUGAACUUGGUAAAAAUAAAACAGAAAUUUGCUAUGGAUUUAUUCAUUAAAAAUGGACUUUCGAAGUACUACUGCUCCAAAGACCGUGGUUGUAACUAUAAUACAUUUUUGGUAAUUUUUUUAUAUGUAACUUGUUUAAGAAGUGCUAUUUCUCAUAGGCUGUUUUUGGAAAUUUAAGUAUAUUAUUGCUUUAAAAUGGCAAUGUUUUCCCCCCUUUGGUGUGUUAACAUUUAGUAAUCACUGGUGUUAUGGAAACAGCCUGAUUUUUAUAAGCAUAUACUGCAUUAUUUAACCUAUCAGUAAUUAGCUUGGUAUAGAACGAUAAGCUCCAUAUUGUAUCCACUUGGCUCAGGGAGGUUUCUUUGCCUUGCCCUUCUUAGAACUCCUUAUUGCUGAUCAAAAGUUUGGGCACCCACCUUUUUGUAAUUAAAUAUUGGAUGAUGAUGACUUACCUGGUUGCGAGAAAAGCACUCAGGUUAUCACUGGGAAGGUCUGCAGUGGUAGCUUCAGUGGGUGAAAACGUCAGCGUGUGCACUAGGACACAGGCAGCCAUCACCACUUCUCCCCUCCUUUUAAAAUAGUAGUAACUUGAUACUGAACCUCGCCUCAUGGCUCUCAAAGUAUGAAAAAGAUUCAAGAGAAGGAUCUGUUCUUUCCAGUGAGCAGGGGACAAAGUGGUGCAGAAUACAGGGGCUAAUGAGGACAGAGGUACAUUUCUCAAAAUAGAGGGAUGAAAAUCACAUUCUGAAAUUCAGUUGUGAACUAUUUUCACUUUGGAUAUUUAUUCUCCUCGUUGUCUUUUUAAAAUUUAUCCCAUGAUUGUACUUGGCUCUCUCUCUAGAUGUCCAAGGAAGGCAGGUCUGUCUGUUUUGAUUUUGAUGUAGAAAGACAGAUCUUACUACUUUAUCAGGGAAGAUAGAUGAAAUUGAGAUUGGCAAAUGGACAAAAGCUAGGAAGAAGGAUGAUCCCAGAACAUGAUCCCCCCUCCCCCAUUUUAUACUUGUGUGAAAGAUCGUAGCUUAAAAUCUGGGGAGAUUUUAGGGCAUAAAAGUUUUCAUGGUAGUUUAUGAACUGAUAAAAUCCAGAUCAUCUGUUACUAUUUCUACAACUACUAAAUCCUUUCCCCUUUUAUUUAAACCCCUUCUGUUCCACUUCAACACGAUUAGAGUCUGAAUGGAAACUCUCAGUAUUUUCCAAGGAAUUCUGAGGAAUUUUUGUGUUGAAAGCUCUUUACUGUUUCAGUUGAUAUAACUUCCUUUUUUUAAAAAAAUGUAGAUGCAAAUUUUCUAUACCCCUCUGCUGUCUUUUAUUAGGAUCAUUGACUUUUGUGAUGAAAAUCAUGUAAGAUUGGAUUUCUUGAUAACUCAGCUUACACAAUUUAUUUUUAAACUCUUGAGCAAUCUGUGUACAAUUAAGAGAUUUCUGACAUUUAUUCUUACACGAAAUUCAUCAACUCUAGAAUUUAGGCAUUUUAACGUCUGUUGAGUUUUGAAUCUCUCCAGGGUUGCAUAGAUAGCGUUUGUUUCUGUACAUUUAAAAUAGCCAUUUAGGAAAUAUCUGCAAGGUAAAAAAUGAGAAGAAAUAGCAAUGUAUUUUUUCACGAACAUUUUGAUACACAUUUCAUCGUUUAUUGAUUAACCAUUUUCUUACACUGGUUAUAAUCAGUAUUUGAUUCAGAGAGGGAAGCAUUCUUUAUUGAUACACUAUAUGGGCUUUUUUUUUUUAAUUCCAUCCUUUACAAAUGAUCAAGAUUGGGGCUGUCGAAAUCAUAUUUUUAUCAUGGAAAAAAUUUCAACUCCCUAAGUCCUAACAUUGAACAGAAUUGGAGUAUUUUCUUUAGAAUUACUUGAAAAGGCAAAUGAAAGCUUAUUAUAGAAUGCUUGUAUUUUCUUUUCUCUCUCUAGAACCAGUAUAUUGCUGGCAGCUAUUGUAUUAAAAAAAUAAAGUAUAUUUUCACUAGCAUAAAAGGUUCUUUUUUCCCCCCUCAUGAAAAUAAAUAACAACAUGGGGUAAAAGUAUUUUAUUUGAGACUACUUUUUUCCAUGAGUGGGUGACUCAGCACAUUUAAUAGAUUAAAGAGGAAAAAAUCAUAUGGUCAUUUUGGUAGGUGCAUAAAAUAAUUUGAUAAAAACUCUCAUGAUUUUCAUUCUUGGCAAAGUAGGGCCAGAGGUAAAAAUUUUUUAACUUGAAAAGCCAUCUGCCAAGAACCUACAGCAAAUUUCAUAGGUAAAUGUGAAACAAAAGUCCUCCCAUUAAAGCCAGGAAUAAGACAGGAUUGCCUUCUAUCACAGCUAUUAUUUGGCUACUUUCUACAGCUACUUUAUUAGAAGCAUCCUAGUCAAUGCAGUAAAAUCCAUAGAAAGAAUAGGGAAUGGAAAAGAAGGGACCAAAUGGCUGCUCUUUGCAGAUGAUGCAUAUACAUAAAGGAAAUCCAAAAUAACCUAUCAGAAAUAAUAAAAUUUAGCCAGAUUACUAGAUAAAAUAUUGAAAAAAUAGAAUUACUAUAUACUAAUAUUAACCAUAUUAAAAUUAAUAAACUAGUAACAUUGGAUGACAUUUCUUCUGGACAAAACCUGGGUGACUGAGGAAAAUGGAAAAUUGUCAAUGUAUACUUUUUUGAGCUUUGAGAAAUUUAUAACAUACAUUACCUAUUCUAAAAAAUAAAAUGCUUUAAAAGAUAAA